AAAGUCAUUGAAAAUAAAAAGUGUAAAAAGCAUACAGACUAGAUCUAGAUCAAGCUCAAGCUAUUAUCAUGAUGUAAUAAUAAUAAAAAGAUUUAGUACCGACGUUGACAUUAUCUCUGCGUCAAGCAGCAUAAUGGAUGAUAGCAAUGAAUUUUUUGAGAGCAAUGUGAAAGAAGGUGAAAUACGUCAUCUGAAUGAUUUGAGCAAGAAAGAGGUUUUGUAUAUGGUCAUUGGAUUGUUACAAGCUGUUCUGGUUAUGGUAGUGUGUGUGUACCAGCUUGCCAUUAGUAUAGAAGAUGACUUCACUGUUGAGUUGCUUGUACUCACCAUGGCAGGUUUCUGCACUUUUUAUCAAAAUUAUGGGACUUUGAAAGAGUUACACUAUGACAUAUUCCUGUAUUGCUUGGCUGAAGUUGUUCUACAAUUAAUGGUUAGUGUUGGGAUGACUGAAUGGACAACACCUGCUAAGUGGGUGAGAAUUGUUGGACUUGGGGCAGCUGGUGUAUUUCUGGUGCCAUGCAGUAUGUAUCUAGGCAGCGAUUAUGCCAUAUCAGAGAACUCUGUCUUGAGACUUGUGGGACACAAUGACAACCUGAAAGUCAUCUGUAAAAACAGACAGCUUUAUUUAGCAACAUUAAAACUAGAUUUCCAUUUAUCUGUGACAAUGUUGAUUCUUACUUUGAGGCAUGGUAGGGCUAUAAGCACUAAAGAACAGCUCGUGCUUGGCAUAGGGAUUGUUUUUGUUAUAGGAUGGACUCUCCUUGCCUAUCUAGCAAGUCGUUUAGAGAAGUCUCAGUUAAUGUGGAUAUUCUGGGGCACAGCCAUAAUCCAGCCAGCAUAUGUCAUCUACAAAAUUAGAGAGGCUCAGUUUGAUUAUGAUUUAUCUAUCCCUGAUAGCCACCUUACGGGGGUAGUAAAUGCAUUUGGAUGUUUUGCCCUCCUUACCCGGGUCGCUCUGAAUGCAACAAGUGUAAUUACAUAUAGAGACUUUGACAAAGGACUCAAAGAAAAAGUUUGAGGGAAUUUUGGUGUAUCGGAGAACGUAACAGAAACUUGAUGCUUUGUCAUUCUUGAUGUAAUGACUCUACUUUAGUGCUUAUUAAGUUUAUCAGAAUGCUGGUAUCCUGGAAAUUUCACUAAAAUUGGCAUCAAGGAGAACAUAUCAAACAUUUGAAAACUCUGACACACUAGAUGAGUCCCAUGGCACACAAGACCAGACACAUGACACACAAUGCCAGACACAUGACACUAAUGGGGCAGAUGCAGAAACCAAAGAUCAUUCCGAGUUAAAAUAUUGAAAUUCUUCAAAAAGGAGCAGAUUGACUUUGAGGAUUUAAAUCUCCAGUUUGACAAGACAUUGAUCAAAUACUAUAGUACUUAUUACUUUACAAUUUUAUGCAUUU